GUUGGUUUCUAUAAGGGCCACUGACAAAAACUUAUUUUUUCCUUUUCUGAAAAUAUCUGUUGGAUAGGUGGGACGUUAAAAGGUUGUUUCCAUAAUCGGGUUUUAAAGUGAAGCAAAAACUUGCUAAAAGAAUGGAUUUAUUUUCUACUGGAUGUUGAUAUUUGUAGAAAAUUACAUAAAAAAGAACACGUGCAUCUAAAAUUAUUACUGGACCUAUCAUUCUGUUCACUAUCGUCACCAUUUAAAUAAUAUUCUUUAGAAAACCUCUUAGGACUUUCUUCUUUCUGAUUUUUGAGCACUGGACUUGUGCGGACGAAUCAAGUGACAAAAUCAUCUGUUUAGGCCUUUUUUUGAAAAUUAACUUUUCAAAAGUUAUAAAAUGAAAUUACAUUAAAUGUUUCUGUGAAAAAGAAAACAAAAGUUGCUAAAACCCGUAUUUUUUAUUUAUUUGUUAUAUUUUAUCUUUUUAGCACCAAAGCCCUCACUUCUACAUGAAUUCCUCCAUUCUGUGACACAAAUUCAGGUUUUCUUUGCACACAAAGCUCAGUUUAAUCCCAGAUCUGAAUAAGAACAAUAGUUUUCUGUCACCCAGAGCUAAUAGACUCAGAAACAAGUGCAUUUAUGGCUGCUAAUUUAUUAACUAGCUUGUUUCCUUUUCUUUUAGCUCCUUUUCUGCUCCAGUUUCAGCUUUUUUCAUUUCUGAUUUUCGGUGUGGUCUGAACAAAUUUCAGUUCAGCUGCUGCAUAUUUAGCUCGUAUGUAAAGGUCUUCCACCUACACACAGCUGAGGAAACACUCCCCAGAAGGUGUGAACACACACAAACUGAACAGCUUUGUGUUCAACUAGGAGAUGCUCAUGCAAAUGUAACCAGAGACUGUCAGAUGCUGCCUCCAGGAGUCUAAACACCUCCUGUUUAAGGUUGAGAGUCAGAAAAUUAAAAAUUCAUCACUCGUCUUUACCUCCGACUCUGAGGUAGGAUCAGUCAGAGGUGAGACUGAAUGGGAAACAUCUUUUAUCUGCAGCUCUAAGGUAAACAUCUCUUCAUCCUUCUGCUGAUUGUAGUCUUAUCUGAUGAUUUAUUUAAUCCAAACCUUGUUUGGUAAAUCUCCAGUAGGCACAUCUUUCUUCACCUCCGGUAACAAUGCAGACAGUGUUGCAGGUGAUCAGCAGAACAACGUGAUGUUUCAGGAAAAUACUUUGAUGUACUGAUGCUGUAAUCGGAUUAUUCAGAGGCAUUCCAACUUCUGUUAGCUCACAGAGUCGAUGUGCAUGCCUGACUUCACACAUGACUAGUUUUUUUCAUUUCUACUUAUUGGACAUGACAGCCACAUGCUGCAGAAACCCUGACAACAAUCAAGCCUUGUCUUAUUAAAGUAGUUCUGCUAAUCCUUCGACAAGAACGUCUAGAUUGAGCCUGGAUCAGAUGUCCAUUUGCAUUUUAUUUUUCUGUAUCCAAAAGUUAAGCUAGAAUUUUAUUCAUUUAGAUUUCUUUAAACAUGCUUUAUUGCUGAAAAUGGAAAUCCACUUUCUGAUCCGACUAGCCAAAUGCCCAAACUGGUUAUCUGAUUCUCUUAAAAUAGUGGAGACUGAGGCAGUAUUUGUCUGAAAAUGUGUUUAUGCAUCUUGUCUAAAGUGUUUUAAACAAAAAUCCUGUUUAGUUGUCUGUAAUCAUCUUUAAAUAGACAGAAAAGCAACCGAGACAAAGAAAACCACUAUAUGCAUGUGAGGAAUUACACAUCUGAUUAUUUAGGUUCUAGAUAACCAAGACGGUAAGGCUUAAUAAUUUAUAGUGCUUGCAUUUUUUUUUUUAUAUUUUAGUGUCUAAUCCAGGCUGGAAACUAUUCGUUUGCCUCCUUUUUCAGCUCUGGAUGGCAUAAAUCAACUAAAUCUGCACAAAAAGGGGGUAAAAAAAACAGUUACUUGUGACUCUCUUUUGAUUUAAACUUAAACUCUUAAAUCCAGUCAGAUAAUGAAUAUAAAAACUUGUCUCAUUCUGGCUCAUUGUGAAAGCAGGAGACAGCUAGCUCUUAGCUGAAGACAGAAACAUUCCCCUGAAGGUGUUGGAGAUCAAAACUGCUCAAAUUAAAGGCUUGGUGUUCCUUGAAGGAAUAUAUGUCGCUUGUUACCUUUAUGCCAGCAUUUUUAAACUAAGAUCAUCAUUCGUUGAAAGAUAAACACUCAAAAUGCACGAUUCGACUCAAUAUUGUAAAAUUUGUAUGCUCGUGGUAUGGGGAUGACGUUCAGCUACUGAAGAAGAAGAAGAAACAACUUUUUAUAUAGUGCCUCACUGGAUAAAAACCAAGAGGCUCUUCACAGGAACUAAAAAUAAACAAAUAAAUAAAAUAUACAAAUACACAUAAAUUAUAUAAAAUAUCACAAUGAAGGGGGAAAUAAUUAAAAAUUUAAACUAAAAUUGUGGAAUUAAUUGAGUUUUGAGCCAUGUUUGUGUUUUGUUGAUUAGCUGCAGCAGCCAUCUUUUAUUGAGUUGAUCCAAAAGUGGAACUACAAAUGAGCUCAUUUCUGCCUCUAAAUGCCCGUUUUGGCAUUUGCAUCUGCUGACCUGUUUGCAGGUAAACUUUGUGAUAAAAAGGGUGAAGUAGCUGAGCUUCAACCAGCCCAGGAGUGCAGAUUCACAUCUUUGCCUCUAUGCUGCAGCGCUCCUGAGGAGUUUUCUUUGAUGGUGACUAAACCAUGGCUUCAGUAUCUAUGAAUGCACAAAAACUGGGUCAGUAAUGCUUUUAAAGAGAAGAAAGCACCGUUUUCACCCUCACAAUCUCAUCCGCUACAGAAAGGUGGAACUUCUGGCUGGAUGUUGAUGCUUCCAUGUCAGGAAACAGAGCCACGGCCUGUCAGGAGUGGCUCAACAGGAAAUUGUGCGUCGUGCUGAAAAAAUGUCUUAUUUUUUUUAGUUAGUAGUCCUCCUGCUGCUCCAUGUAUAAAAGGUUGCUGCUGACACCUGCCCCUUUUAAUUAUAAAGUCUAAAUGUUUGAUUGAUCCCUGGUAACCUCAGUAGAACAACGUGUGUACGGUUUCUUCCGGCCAGCUUUCAUGGUGUGACUUCUACCUUCUGAGCACCAGCCUUGUGUCCUGAGAUGAAAUAUUUAAGAUCCGAGUAAUCUGAGUGGCAGAGCAGUCCUCCUGCAGCUGUUGGAGGCAAACUGAGCCUGAUCAUGGAGGAAAUUUGAGAGUUAUCACAAUGCAUUGGGUGUAACAGAGAUGGUGACACUUAGUCCUUCAGUUUAGGACAAACACCAGAUAUUUAAACUUAAAUAAUCCAAAUUAAUAUUAUAGCUCAGGGCCCGAUUAACCCUUUGUUGUACCCUGGUGAACAAUAUUCAACGGCCCCAUCAUCACAACCCAAGGAUCACCAUAAUAUGGUCACAUACAGAAUAUUUUACUGUAAUAUGCAGUAAAUAUACUCAAUACUUGAAUGCCUGACAACACGUAACCUGCCCAGAGUAACCUUUGACCACCUCGUCUGGACUGACCAAUGAGGAGAAGGUCUUAACUUGAGGCCCUCUCUUCAUUGGUCAGUCUGCAUGAGACUGACUCUCAACUGACGUUCAGAGUCAUAGGCAGCGAAGCGUCUCUGUGCAGCGCAAAAGCCCGGGUGGACAGUUUGUUUAAUGUAGGGUGACCAUAUUUCCAUUUCCAAAAAAAAGGACAGGGGAUCUGCGCCUAUGACGUCACACUAUGGCAACGCCACACAAACCACGUUGGGACCCAUUGCUUUGUAAGAACUAAAAAUAAUAUCAGAUUCUAGCAAUAAAAGGGCUCUAAAACAAUUCAUAUGUAACCAUUUAGCAUAUUUAUUUCAAAAUCUCAUUUUUCUGCUUUAGUGCUGCAACAAGGUUUUAUUAAUAAUAAAUUAUUAUACCUUUUGUUUUACUGCAGCAUCAGUAAACUUCCUGUGCACAGAUUAUUAAGGAUGCUUGUUUCAGCUGUGAGAUUAGACGAUAGGAUCAAUGAAAAAAUAAGUUGUCACACACUCCAUGGAAACUUUUAGAGACUCCACAAAUAGUGGCUUUCAAAUGGUUUUGUUACUUUUUGCAAGUUUAGAAAAGAAGCAGAUGAGACAGCAUGUCUGAUAAUUUAGUUUUUCAUCUGAUAAUAUUAGAACAUGUCAGUAAUGUCUGAGGGGCUUUUAUAAACACUGUAUAACUAACACUACUGGAGAGGGCAUGAAUUACACAGAGGCUUCUGGGGAGCCCAGUUAUGGGAAUGGGGGGUUGUUCUGUUUUGCCUUGGCCUCCAAAAUGCCUUGAAACGGCCCUGGGUGUGUGACUGAGUUUUGAAGGUGAUCUGAAUUGUAUCAAAUGUAUAAAUAUGACAUGUGUAUUACUUAUUGUUUUAUACAGGUAAAAACGUGUAGUGGAGAUAAAUCUACCUACAUUUUACUUUUCAACACUUUGUUUUGUUUUCUUGUUUUUAUUUAACUAUUUUCUUGUCCUGUCUGUCUCUCAUCUUCCUGCAUCUCCUCUAAACUCUCCAGAAAAUCUGCUGCUUGGAUUCUUACUUUUUCAGCUCAUCAGUUACUUCUGAGCAGAUCAAAGGGAUCUCCUGACCCGCAAAGCGGAGAGCGAGUUUCGAUGCUGCGUCAGUGAGGUGAAAUCACCGCAGCACAGGUGAUGAGCUCCGCAGUAGCAGAGCGCUUCAGGCACAAAGAAGACAGAAAAUAGAGAACAUGUGCGGACAUGAACGAUCGUGUGUUCAUUAUAUUUUUUGGUUGUGCCACUUUGAGAAUGGACCGUGCGCUGGACACAGCAGCCUGGAGCGCUGCGCAACAACGAUCAUCGCUCUGCCGCUAUCUGUGCUCUCUGCUCAAAAGAACCCCCGGUACACUGAGACCCCAUGAAUGAUGUAAUAUAGGUAGAAAACUUUUAACCGGCUCCCCUGGAUGUGUAGGAUAUCCAGCUCCCCCAUAAUUUGAUCCCUGCUCCUGGAUGAAAAACCGGACAUUUUCAUCAAUACAAGACCCCCCCGCCCCCCCGACGCCCGGACAGAGAGUGAAAAGUGGACAUGUCCGGGGAAACGAGGACGUAUGGUCACCCUAGUUUAAUAUAAAGUGGGAGAUUACAGAUACAGUACUUUGCUCGUGCCCUUGCUGCCCUGGGCCUGGGCCCUUUAGACUUCAUGGACCCCUGGGUGAUUGCCCAGUUGCCCAUAUGGUUAAUCCGGCCUUGUAAUAGCUGCAUCCUUUUCUCUGAGUAUUGGCUGCUGUUUGAUCCUGCAGACUGUCUGUAUAGGUAUUUUCAUUCAAACAUAAUAAAUGCAUGCUUUUAAAAUGAAUAUUUGCAGAAAUAAAAUGAUUGUAAUUCAGGAAAUGUUUGAGAUAUUGAGCUAAAAUUGAAUAUGUUAGUAGUCAGGGGACAUUGACAGCACCUACUCUGAGCAAAUCUUACAGUGUUGCUUAAGGGGAUACUUUGCAACUUUUUCAUAGUUUUAAACAAUUUUCUUGAGCCAGUAUAUGCUACAAUGACCUUUACAGGGUUAUUGAAAGGUCACCCAGCCCCUGUCGCCCCUUGUGACCAGAAUAUUCCACCUGCAACUUCAGAGUGGCGGGCCGCUCUGCUGGGACUUAGAAAAAAUUGAGCUGACAUAGCUGGUGCUGCAGUCUGGUUCCAGCACGUUUUAGAUCAUCAAUGAUAAUUUAGAGAAGAAUCACUCCUGUAGACAGUAAGGAAGGCUGGGAGACAUUCCAGCUGUUAGAUCAAGGUGUCAAAAAGUAGAACGCACAGCAAGGAGAUAAGUUUUGGUUUUGGUUCUACAAACGGACACUAGUUUCCUUUUAACAUUGUUUUUCCAGAUUUUUCCUUGUCUCUUUUCAUAUGUCUCCCCCAGAAUAAUACCAGAGCUUUAAUUUCUCUUGUGAUAAUUUUUUAAAAUUUAAAUCCCAACUUGUGUUGUGUUGGAGUCCAGGGUGUCCAUGGACAGUCUGCGGCCCCAUGUGCAUUCCUCAGCUGAUAUUCAAGCUAGACACUUUUGCAUGUUAAUAUGACUUAAAAUAAUUUCUUGCUUUGAUUUUAAAGGCAGAAAAGACCAAAAACCCUUACUGAGUUUUCUAAAAGGUUAACCAGAGUUCAUUCUUCAGAAAACUUAACUAAACACAGCAAACAUCACCAAAACAUCACUCAUUUUUAGACCAAGAAGCUAGAAAAACAAUCAACUCAUCAAAUUCAUGGAGUUUGAUGCUUCUCUUUGAUUAAAGCUUUUGCAUUCACAAAUCCAGAUCUAAGAGUUUAAGUUUAGAGUCGUGAGGGAUUUUGCUAAAAGAACGCACACGUGAUGGGUAAACAUCAUCGCCCACGUUCAGCCCUUUGGAGACAGGUGAUGAAUUUCCUUUUUCUGGAUUAAUCAACGGGCUGUCAGAGACGAGCUGGGUUAUAAGUUCACGUCAUGCAUCUUUAAGUGAUCUGAGUUCAUCUCACUGACACUUGUUUUAGCUGGAAUCACGUCUAUGUUUAAAAAAAUCUGGUUUACCUGGGUUCUUCAGUGCCUGCAGUGAUGCUCAUUCUGAAAAUGAAAGCUCUGAUGGGUUUCAAAUGAACAAAACGAGCAUUUAACCGAUCUGUAUUUGCAAAUGAUCUUGCAUCCACAGAUGUCUCCUGGGGAAGAAAAGGGGACUAAUAUGAGUUUUUGCAGUAAAAUUUGUAUUUAGCUCCUUUUAACUCAGUGCACGUCCCCUAUUUCCUCUUUAACAUCUGUCAGCAGUGACACUCCCACAUCAGGAAUGACACUACAGCAGAGGCUCCCACAGUAAAUCUUGGUGACGUCCUAAUAACACCUUUAUGACUCUUAGCUGGGGGAACAAAUGUCUCUGCUGGCACGCUUCGCUCAAACACAAACGGCUCUAUGUGACCCGACAAGCUGCAGAAAAAAAAUUACAUCCAUAUCCGUUGUAACCGUCCGCAUAGGAAAAAUAUAUCAUGUGUGUUUCUCUUUCUGACUGUUUUCAGCCUUUUGUUUGCUCUGUGUCCCUCCCUGUUUGUCCCAUCUGCCACCCAGUGUCCCCACCUCCUCCACCCCUGGGGUCUGUGCUGCACCACACCGUACAUCACAUCUCUGGAGCUGGAAAGUUUACAGAAGAGAGGGAGGACAGCAGUCACCUCCUCUCCUGACACAAACACCUCCCUCCCUCUCUUCUGGCUCGAAUGGAAACUCCUUCAUUCUGCCGAGCGUUUUCCUGAGUGAUCCUCUCUGACUGACAACUUCAAGUCAUGAAACCGUGAGGAUCAUGUAGCAAUGCGGGAUCAUUUCUUUUAUUUUUAGUUCUUAUCAUAACGUUUUUGGGUGCUGGGCGAUGGAGUUUAAUGCAGGACGGCACAAUGGAAACCUUCUUUGAGGAUCAAGGUUUGCAUCCUGAAUCUUUCCUGUUUAUUUUCUUUUUAUUCUUUGAUUUCAUCAAUUUUUUUCAUUUCUCACUUUUUCCUUUAACAGGAUGUGUGUGUGAUGGUGGACCGACUGGGGCCAGUCAUGGAGCAUGAGCUGAACUGCAGCUCCCAGUGUAAUUCCCCACUUUGCUUCAUCCAGUCAGGAAUCAGCAGCCAUGACGGCUUGGACAUCCUACAAAGACUAUGCAGCCUGACGUUGACAGCGGAGCUCCCAAGACGUCCCCUCUCUGCGGUGCUGAGAGCUGUCGUCUGGACGCUCCUCUCCUGUGGCAUCCUGACGGCCGUCUGCUUUUUCCUUUUCACCCUGCGCUUUAAAAACAACAGGAUUGUCAAGAUGUCCAGUCCCAACCUGAACUAUCUGACUCUCUUUGGGAGUGUUCUCACGUACGCCAGCGGCUUCCUUUUUGCCAUCGAUGAACAGGCUCAGUCCCAAACUGGAACCUCUCUAGCUUUGCUGCAGGCUCGCAAGUGGACACUUUGUGUUGGAACUACUCUGGUGUUUGGUCCAAUUUUGGGGAAGACGUGGAGACUCUACAGAGUGUUCACACAGAGAGUGCCUGACAAAAGAGUGAUAAUCCGGGACAUCCAGCUGAUUGGUAUGGUGGUUCUGCUGAUCCUGGUGGACAUCCUGGUUCUCACUACCUGGAACCUCUCAGACCCAAUCAGGUGUUCAAGAUCUGUCAAAGCUGUGGUCAAGGUGAUGGAGAGACACGUUUCCUCCUCUUUGUCUCAGCUCAGCUCCUGUUCAUCUGAAUACUCCACCAUUUGGGUCAUCAUCAUUGCUGUCCAGAAAGGUUGUCUUCUCCUCUAUGGCACCUAUCUCGCCGGUCUGACCAGCAACGUCAGCCAUCCUCCGGUAAACCAGUCCCCCACCAUCAUAACAGCGGUCACCCUGGUGACCCUCUCCUCUGCUGUGGCAGUCCCCGUGUCCAUCUUCCUGCAGGCCUGGCCCAACCUGAUCCACAGCACAGUGGCUGGAGCCAUCUUCCUCUGCACACUGGCUACCAACUGCAUGCUGUUUGUGCCGCAGCUGACCCAGUGGCGACAGUUUGAGGAGGAUCAGAACAACCCGAGUCAGAUGGCCAAGUAUUUCAGCAGCCCCAGUAAGAGCCAGACGUCCAUGUACAGCCAGGAUGAGAUCUACUACCUGCUGGGAGAGAACAGCUCCAUGAAAAAACUCCUGAAUGAGAAAAAUGCUGCGAUCGACACUCUUCAGGAGCAGGUAAACAAUGCCAAAGAGAAGCUCCUGAGAUUGAUGACAGCGAGCCAGCUCAUCGAGGACGUGGAUGGCUCACCCAGCCAGCUCAACUCCUGCUCCACCCAGACCACUGAGCUUCAGUCUGAAAGUUAUUCUCCUUCCGUCUUAUCUCAGGGAAACAUCAAAUCUAGUCUUUCAUCCCCUCGACUCUCCAACCGCCUCCCUGCUUCACCUGUUUUAUCAAACACCGUUUCAUCACCCCCCAAUUCUUCCUCUGUUCAAAACUCCUCCGCUUCCCCGGCUGAUGAAGAUUUUUAUGUGAGGGGAAUUCAGAGAAACGCAUCUGUGUCUGGACAUGCAGACAGAAACGCAGCUCAGUCCAGAGUGGACGAGGAUCCCAAGCGGCCUGUGUCCUUUACGUUUCCUUGCAGAACUGCAGCGGAGGCUGUUCACUUUGUCACUUCUCUCCAAAACCGUAGAGGACUGAACCUCUCUCAAGCGCAAACAUUUGUUGGUCACAGUGGACUAACGCUGCAGAUAGGACCAAAUGCAAAACUGGCUGGUUUUGUUAGCAGUGAGAAGCUUCAGGAGAUCCUCCUGGAGCUCAGCCUGGAUGCAGCAUCAGGAAAGCCUUCAAAGCUGACCCCUCCAUCACCCUGCUCCCCUCCCCCACCCACCCUCCCCCACUGCCCCAGCCUUUCCCCAUACGCCAUAAGAAAACGUCAGCCUCCCUUUUACUCCUCCAGAAGACAUUUGUCCUCUUCCUGUUUCUACAAAGGCUCAGAUGGUCCGACCUGCAGAAAGACAAGAGACCCAAAUCCAGGGAGCUCCACUAUGAAUGAAACACUUUUUCAUGUUCAUGGUUGCAACAAUGAGCCAGAAAAGGAAAUUGAGGCAGAAGAGGGAGUUGAGGACGAACAGGAAAGGAUGAAAACAUGUCAAAGGUGCGUUUCAAGGUUCCACAAAUACACAGCCUGUCCUUGUGUGGGACACAAUCACUCAUCUCAGCCUGGCAUGGAUGUAGAUGGUGACAGGCAGCAACGCAGUCGCCACAUUCGAGACUCAAGUGGUUACUGGGACUCAGACUCUAGCAGCUCAACAGAUUACUGUUACUUCCACCGGCCUUUCUGUGACUCCUGCCUGCAGCGAGGCUCCCUCCUGAGCUCCGAUAGCUCCUCGGACUCAUCCGACAGCGAAUUUGACGACUGUACGAACCUCUACCAUGCCCCUCGGCCCGUUGUGUUCAAAGAAGACCUCAAACCCACUUUAGUGUGAAUCAUAAGGGCCGACUGGAUUUUAUGUUUCGUGUUUAACAUUCCAAGCACUUGAAUUUACAUGAUUCAACGUUGGGAGAGACUUUGGACUGUUACUUUGAAAAGGAAAGUGUUAUUUUUUUCUUUCUAAAUGAAGAGCUGACUGAUAUUCUUGAGUCUUCUAUCACGGGACUGAGUAGUUUUACUUACAAUAAGACUUUAAAACUUUUUCAAUAAUUUAUAGGUCAAAAGCAGAAAUCUAUAUUUUUAAUAGUCAACUCUCUGAGUCGUGUUGAAAAACGGGAUGCCGUAGAGACACCAGGGAACCUAAACACAACAUGAAAAACAAGUGUGUAUUAAAUGUGCAAUGAGUGUAUUCAUUUUAAUAUUUAUUUUUGAUGUAUUGUUGUUUGAACUUAACUUUUUUUGUUUGAUGACGUGAUGGGUCAAAACUGGUGACACUAUAAAAUCUCAAAUGCAAUGUUGUUUCCUACAAGAAUUUGAAACGGUAAUUUGGUGAGAAAAUGCAAAGUGAAGUUGAUAUAAUCAAAAUGACUUAUUCUUUGGCCCUGAAUGAAAUGAAACACAUUUAAGAGAAGUUAAAGGUGUGGCUGACUGAAAAAAGGUUUUUGAUUAUUGUUUCUGAUUAUAAUCGGUCACUCUGACUCUUUCGUGCAGGCUUAACAUGAAAACAGUCUUCUACACCUAUCUGCUGUAUUAGCUUCUGACAGAAAUUAGAUGGAGAAAUGUUAGGAUUUGAAAAUCCUCAUACUGUGAUGUCACACUGUGAAUUUGCAUUCAUGGCCUCGCCCAUCUUGGCUUGCAUUCGCCUGCAGGAAGGCUUUUAAAAUUAUUUUUCAGCAAGGAGAGAGAGGAGAGAACGUGUUGUGAUAGUGACUUUGCACCAGCAAACUUUAGCUCAGAACAAGGGCACCAUAGCUUUCUUAAUGACUCAUAUGGCGAGAGCUCACUGCAAAUGUAUUAAAUAAAUAAGUAAACCACACCUUUAAGAAAAGGCAACAGUGCUACAAUAAGAGUCCAACUAAACCAAAACAGUUUGGGGCACUAGAAAUAGUUUUUAACCACUUAAUGACCAAAUAAAGGUCUGAAAAACUGGAACAGAAAUAAAUAGCAUUAUUUAAUCCUGAAGAAACUCUAAAACAACCCAGAGUCCUGUUGACAAGCCACCAAAAUUC